AUGAAUUCCCUUGCAUCUGCAUCUCCUUCCCACCCUGUGGAUGGGAAUGCACGGAAUGGUAGAGUUGCCAUUACCACCUCUAUUCCCGCAUUGAUUUGCUCUGAUGGUUCCAGAAAUGCAGGAAUUGUUUCCCCUACUUCCAAUGUUCUGCCUGAAGGAACUAUUAAUGCCCCUCUUCCCACAACUACUGCUAACCCAGUUGUGGAAAUCCCUCAAAACCAGGUUAGGCCAGCGAUAGUUGCAGGUUCUUGGUGUCAAGUUGUUAAGCAAGGCAAAGAAGCUGCUCAACAUCCACAAUCGGGUGAGUCUUUCUCAAAGAUGAAAUUGCACUGCCCUAGAGUGAAACUCAACAAUGAAGGAACUCCUAAGGAUGUUGUCCAACAUAUAUCUAAAGGAGAUAAAGGAAAGGACAAAAUAACUGCCUUGAAUGAGUCAAGUGCAAUGAGAGAGCAAUCCGAAGCUCUUAACAACCUCCAAGCUGCUGAAUGCUCUGGUCCUCCCACCUCACUUGUUUUUCCAACUAAUGGUACCUUAUCUACCAUUCUUGAAGAUAACCAGCCAGCAUAUGGGUGA